AUGACAAAAAAACAAAAAAUAUCAAAACAAAACGAAAAGGAUCAUCGUCCAUUUCGUUAUCAAUCUCUUCAUGAACGUUUAAAUAAUAUAAAUAUAAAUGUUGUUCAUCGUAUUCGUUAUCAUGAUACAAAUAAUCUUCAAGAUACUGAUGAUUUAAUACGUACAAGUUAUUUUCAUCAAUCACUUCAACAUUGGUCAACAUUAAAUUUUAGUGAAGCUUAUUCAAAAAUUUAUCAAAAACUUUUACCAUUAGCAAAUUCACUUGAACAAGUUAUUUAUAAUCGUGAACAAAUUAUAUUAUUAAUUCGACAAUCAUUAAAUGAAUAUAAUCCAUUAAUAAUUGAAACAUUAUUAGAUUUAAUUGUUCAAUUAGCACGUGAUUUACAAAGUGAUUUUUAUAUCUAUUAUAAACAAUAUUUAUUUACAGAUAUAAUUAAUUUAUUAAUAAAUUCUAAAAAACAACAACAAAAUGAAAUAAAUACACAAUUACUUGAACAAAUUUUUCAAUGUUUAACAUAUUUAUUUAAAUAUUUAUGGCGUAUUAUGUUAAAAGAUUUAGCUAAUUUAUAUGAAUUAUAUUCAAAAUAUUUAUUUUCAUCUAAAAUAAUAAAUACAUUAACAACAAAUUAUGAAUAUAUACGUUCAUUUGCAGCUGAAUCAUUUGCAUAUUUAUUACGUAAAAUAGAAAAUUAUCAAUCAUUUAUUGAUUAUUUAUUUAAUACGAAAGAACGUGAUGAAAAUGAAUUAGAUUCUCUUGUAUUAGUAUUUAGUGAAACAUGUAAAAAUGUUCAAUCAACAUUUCAUUCAUGUACGAAAUCAUUAUUAUUAUGUCUUUUAAAAAAAAUUAUUGAAAAACCUGAAAUAAUUCAAUUAUGUAUUAAAAAAAUUUAUUUAUUAUUAAUUCAACAUACAAAUAAACAAUAUGUUGAAAUACUUUGGAAUUGUUUAAUGAUUGUUUAUCGUACAAUAGAUCAUAAUAAUAUAAAUGAUUAUCUUAUAUAUGAAAUAUUUUAUGAAAUAUUUCAAUUAUUAAUUGAUCAUAAAAUGAUUAUUGAUAUAAAUUUAUGUUAUGAAUUUUUAACAAUAAUUAAAAUAAAUGAAUAUAAUGAGUUUUUAAAAAUUCAUUAUAAAACUAUUUUUAAAUUAAUGAAACAAAUAACAAUAAAUAAACAAAUUAUAGAAAUUUAUUAUCAAUUUGUUGAACAAACAUCAUCAUUAGUACUUUAUCAAGAAACACGAAAAAUUUUUCAAUGUGAUUUAAAUGAAAAAUUAUCAAAUGAAUUUUAUAUUUCUUUAUGGAAACAAUUAUUAAAAAAAACUAAUAAUCAACAAGAAAUUAUUAAUUAUUUUGUUGAUUAUAUUAUUAUUGAAAGAAAAAAUUUUAAUAUGAUUUUAUCAUUAAAUGAUAAUGAUCAAACUAUUCUUGAUAAAAUUAACUUAUUAAAAACAAAAAAGAAAUUUUUAAUCAAAGAUAAAAUAACAGAAAAUGGUUUAAAAUUAAUACAAAUAUUUAUUCAAAAUACUUUAUCAAUGAUUGAUGAUACACAGAUUUUGUUAACUGGACAACUUUGGCGAGCAUUAAUUCUUCUUAAUUCAUUAUCUGAAAAAGAUUCAAAUACAUUAUUAUUUACAAAUACACAUUUGGAAAAACUUUCUUCACAACUUAUUAAUGAACCAUUACCAUCAUCAUCAUCAUCAUCAAUAAUAGCAUUAACUCUUCUAGAAUUAAUAUCUUCUAAUCAAUUAUUUUCUACAACAUUUUGGUAUACAAUUCUUAAACAAGAAUUUCAAUCUGAACUUUAUCUAUUUUGUACACGUAUAUCAUUUUUAAUAAAUAAUACAGAAGAAGAUUAUUUUGAUAAAUUUAUUGAAUUAUUAAAAAUAAAUUUAUCAUCAUUUAAUUCUAAUAUACGUUUAUUAUCACUUUAUAUACUUUCAUCAUUUAUAUCUAAUAAAAUAAAUCAAAAUCAUAUUAUAUUAAAUUGUCUUCAAUGUGAACAAUGUCCAUUAAAUGUAUAUGAAUAUCGUACAAAAAUAAUUUAUUUACAAAAAUUAUCAAUUGAUUUUAUUUUAUUAAAUAAUCAAUCAUCAUUAUUUCAUUUAUCAAUGUAUUAUUUACUUGGUAUACUUUGUUCUAAUUUUACACCAUUAUGGACAAUAUCAAUUGAAUUAUUAGGUUCAUAUGGUAAUAAAGCUAUUGAAUAUAUUGGUCAUCAAUAUUUUUGGUCAAUAAUUAAUGAAAAAUUUCAAUUAAUAAAACAACAUAAUGAAUUAAAAUUAAUUGAACAAAUAAAUGAUAAAUUAAUAAAUGAAUAUAUUGAAAAUUUAAAUAAAAAAAAUCAUGAUAAUGAAAUUAAUGAACAAUCAAUUGAUUAUAUACAAUAUCGUAUAAAUUUAUUUCAAAUAUUAAAUUAUUUUCCACAUGAAUGUGAACAAAAAAUAAAAAUAAUUUUUCCAAUUAUAUUUGAAUUUUUUUCAAAUGAAUAUUAUGAUAAUUUAUUAUCAUUAGGUUUAUUUAAUCAAUAUAAAAUUUCAUAUAAAAAUUCAACAAUAAUAAAUUUAAAAAAACUUUCAAAAAAUUUAUCAAUAAAAACAUUAGAAACAAUAUUAAAUUUAUUAAAACAAUUUCAUCAUUAUCAACAAUGGUAUGAACCAAUACGUUUAUAUAAUUUUUAUAUACAUUUAUUACUUUCAUCUGAUAAUAUAAUACAAAAAUUAGCUUAUCAAUGUUUAUUAAAAUGUUAUCAAAUACCUGAAUCAAUAAUAAAAUCAGAUUUUUUAAAACAUUCCGAUAAUAUUCUUCCAUUAUUUAAUCCAAGUACAUGUCGAAAAACAUUUCAUGAUUUAAUUCAAGGUAUUUUAAUUGAUAAUAAUUUAUCUGAUUCAUUAAAAAAUCAAUAUGCAUUUAUAUUAAUACGUAUUAUUUAUAGUAAAUUAAAUGAUAAACGUUCAUUAGGUUCAACAACACGUGGUAGAAAAGAUUAUUUAGAAUUAAAUCGUAAAUAUUUAUUUCAAUUUUUAAUAACAUUUGCAUCAAAUAAUUUAUAUGAAAAACAUUUUCAUUAUUUUAUACAAUUAUUAUUAGAACCAUUUUAUGAUGAAUUAUUUAAUAAUAUAAAUGAUAAACAAUAUUGGUUAAAUAUAUUUAAUAAAAAAAUUUCAUUAAAUAAUGAUGAAUUUAAUUUAAAUUCCUAUGAAACAUUUAUUAAAUAUAUUCAACAUUCAUUAUUAUUAUUAAAAACAUUUAUUUAUAGAUUAGGUAUUUAUAUACAUAAACAAAUUGAUUAUAUUAUUAAAUUUUAUAUAUUAACAAUAAAAUUUGUUGAUUAUUUAAAUAAUCAAAAAAAUUCUUUUGAUGAUAAUUUUGAAAUAAAAAAAAAUCGAACUUUAUUAAAACGUAUUCGUUCAAUGUCAUAUAAAGGUUUACAAAUAAUAUUUCAAUUAUUUGAUAAUAAUGAAAAUAAUAUAUUUAAAAAAGAAUUAAUUGAUGAUUUAUGGUUAUAUUGUAUAAAAGAAAAUUAUUUAAAUGAUUUAUUAAUAAAAAAUAAACAACGUGAUGAUAUUAUUCAUAUAUUAAAAUUAGCUAUUAUAUGGAGUAGUACAUCACAUUUAAGAUAUUCAAUACUUAAUAAUAGAAAUGAUGCUAAAGAUUUAAUGAAAUGUUUUAGUCAAUUUUUAAAUGAAAAUAUUACAUAUGAAAAUAAACAAUUAAUUAUUGAAUUUAUUUGGAAUAUUAUGCAAAUUGAUCCUGAUGAUCCAUUAAUUAUUCCAUAUAAUGAUAAUCUACUUUCUUAUUUAACUCAUGUAUCAAAUGCAAUGAUUGAAUCUACUAAUUCAAUAUCAUUAACAUCAAAAGAAUUUGAUAUUCUUCUAAUACUUAGUCGUAAACAAUUUCAAAAUGAUAAAAUUGAACAAUUAUGUUUAAUAUUUAUUCGUUUACUUCGUCAAAAUAUACUUUCAAAAAAGAAGAAAAAAAAAAGAUUUUCAAAUAAAAUAUUCGAACAAGAUUUAAAUAUUUCAAUUCUUAAAAUUUUACAAAAUUUAAUAAUUCAUAUUGAAAAUUCUUUAGAAAAAUAUUUACAUUUAUUAACAAUAUUAUGUUGUAAAAUAAUUCAACGUGAUCAACGAAUUGAAUUAAUUAAACUUUUUCAAAUACUUAUUGAUCAAUCAACAAAUAUCAAAUCAAAUACAAUUUGGUAUUUGAAACAAUUAAUUGAAUUAAAUUCAUGGAAUUCAGAUCAAAUUGAUGAACCUGAUUAUGAACGUCGUUUAAAUAGUUAUAAACAAAUAACAAAAGAAAUUUCAACAUUAGAAAAUAUUGAUAAAAAUAAAAAUGAAUUUCUAUGUUUAUUUUAUCAUUGUUUAUAUGAAUUACAUUAUUCAAUAAAUGAUUUAUCAUUACGUGAAUAUGCAUCACAAUGUAUUCAUUUAUUUCUUAAACAAAUACCAUUAUAUCAAUCAUAUCUUCUUACAGAAAUUCGUACAAUUUUAAAACAAUCAACAAUAUCAAUUCAUAUACGAAAUGAAUUUAUACGUCUUUUAGGAUUAAUUAUUGAUAUUAAUAUAGAUAAUGAUGAUUUAAAUGAUUUAAAACGUUUACGUAAUUAUAAUGAUAUUGAAAUUGAUUUUUUUCAUAAUAUAACACAUGUACAAAAUCAUCGACGUUUACGUGCAUUAAAACGUUUUAAAUUAAUACAUGAUGAACAAACAUUUCAUUUAACAACAAUUAUUAAUUAUCUUUUACCAAUUGUUUGUUCAUUUAUAAAUGAUGUUAUUAAUGAUGAUAAACAAGAUAUUAAUGAUGAUAUUGUUUUUAUAUGUUUAACAACAUUAUGUCAAAUAUUACCAUGGAUUAAAUAUAAUCAAUUAUUUAUAUCUUAUUUUCGUCAAUUAACAACAACAACAAAACGAACAUUAAAUUUAAUACAAAAACGAUGUUUAACAAAAACAAUAUCGGCUAUUAUUGAUGGAUUUCAUUUUCAAUUAAAUAACAAUGAAACUAAUUCUGAAAGUGAACGUAUUAGUCGAACAAUUCAAAAACGUUUAUUACCAAUGAUUCUUAAUUUAUUAAGUCAAAAUUCAUUUUCUAUUGAUAGUUUAACAACAAAUGGAAUAUCAACAAAAAAUGUAACUAUUGAUGAUCAACGUCAACAAGCUGUUUUAUUAACAAUAACAUGUUCAUUAAUAGCAACAAAAUUAAUAAUAAUAUUUUCACAUGAUUUUAUUGAACAACAUAUAUCAACAAUUCUUCUUCAUUUAUUAACAUUACUUCGUUCACGUAUUUAUUCAAUACGUGAUCAAGGACGUGAUUGUCUUUGUAAAUGUAUAAUAAUAUUUGGUAAACGUUAUUUUAAAUUUAUAAUUGAAGAAUUAAUAGCUGGUUUACAACGUGGUUAUCAACAUUUUGUUUUAUUACAUACAAUUCAUACAAUACUUAUUCAUAUAUCAUCAUUAACAUAUGAUUUUAAUAUUGAUUCAGCUGUUAAAAUUUUAGCUAAUAUAUUUAUUGAUGAUUUUUUUAAUCAAGAAAAAACUGAAUCAUCAAAAGCAAGUGAACAUGAAAAUUCAACAUAUAAACCAUCGAAUAUACCUGAAGCUAAAACAAAUAAAACAGCAAAUAUUAUGGAAAUACUUGGUCGUUUAAUACAUUCAAAUAAUGAAUUAUUAAUAUGUAUUGAACCAUUACGUCAACAAUUAUUAUUAAAUAAUGAUUCAAGACAAAUAUCAAAAUGUGAAAAAUGUUUACAACGUUUUCAUACAGGUUUAAUUAAUAAUAAUUAUUUAUCAAUUGAAAUUUUAUUUAAUUUUAUUUAUCAUUUAUUAACAAAAACAGAAGAAAAUAAUUUAAAUGAACAAAUUAAUAAUAAUAAUAAUGAAAAAAUUAAAACAUUAAGUUCAAUUAUACAAGAACGAAAUAAAUAUCAUUUAAUACCAAUUGAACCUAAACGUGGUCAUGCACGUGUUUCACAAACUAUUAAAUAUGAAAAAAAAACAAAUAUACAUUGUUUAAUUGCAUGGACACUUAAUUUACUUCAUAAACUUAUUAAAAAAUAUAAAAAUGAUGAUCAAAAAUUUUUAUCUAUGAUUGAUCCAUUUAUAAUACAUAUUGAAAUAUGUUUAAAUUCACAAUAUACAGAUGUUAUUGUUGCUUCACUUAGAAAUUUAUCAUCAAUAUUAGAAUAUUCAUUACCAUCAUUAAAUCAACAACGAAUUACUAAUAUGUAUAAAAAGGUAUUCGAUUUAUUGAAAAUGUAUUCAUCUGUAGCUGGUUCGAAUGAUUUAAAUGAUUUAUUAACACUUUCUUAUAAAAUUCUUGGUACAUUUGUUCAACGUUCAAUUAAUGAUAAUGUUUCAUUAACAUCUGAAGAAUAUCAAUGUUUAUUUACUUAUAUUGAAUCUGAUUUACUUAAUAUUCAUCGUCAAUCAAGUGCAUUUCUACUUCUUCGUUCAAUAAUGCGUCAUUCUAUAUCAAUAAUAUCAAAUGAUAAAAAUCUUCGUACACAACUUGAUAAUCUUUUACGUUCACGUAUAAUAUUUAUGAUAAUACAAUCACCAUAUGAUCAUAUACGUACAACAUGUCGUGAUUUAUUUCAUAUAUAUUUAUUUUCUUAUGAACAUACAAAAGCAAAAUUAAAAUCAUAUUUUGAUUUUUUUCUUCUUCAACUUGAUUAUGAUGAUUAUAAUGGUCGUUUAUCAGUAUUAAUUUUUUUAAAUAAUUUAUUUAAUGAUUUAACAAAACAACGUUUAAAUGAUUAUGCUUCUUAUUUUUUUCUACCAUUAUCAUGUCAUUAUUAUAAUGAAAUAAAUAAUGAAUGUAAAAAAUAUUUUCAAUUAAAUUUACAUUUAUUAUUAGAAAAAAUUGAUGAACAACAUCGAAAUGAUAUUUUUAAAAAUAUUGUUUUUAUAUGGAUUAAUGAUAAAAUUGAACAUCGUUGUUUAGCACUUCAAUUAUUUAUAUUAUUUAUUGAAAUUGAACAUGAACAAUUUGAUCAAUAUUUAAUUGAUAUAUUUAAUUUUAUUGAACGAGAAUUAAAUAAUAUUGAAUAUAAUGAUGAUAAUAAUAAUAAUAAUGAUGAACAACAAAAAUUUAAUGAUCAAUAUAUUUAUCAUUUAAUUAAUGUAUUAAUUUAUGUUAUUAAAUAUUGUCCAAAUUCAUUAGAAAUUUUACAAUUAAGAUCAAUAUGGUUAAAAUUAUUAAAAUUAAUUGAUGAAAAAUGUUUACUUCAUCCACAUAUAUGGGUUCGAUUUUUAUCGACACAAUUUUUUGGUCUUCUAUUUGAAAGAAAUAAACCAGAAGAUAUUAUUCAACAUUUGAAAAAAUAUCUACCAAAAGAAGAUAAUAAUUCAAAUCCUACAACAACAACAACAAUAGAAAAUGGUUCUAGUCGUAAACGUUUGAAAAAAUCUAUUCAAUCAAAUCUUGAUUCUGAACCAUUAUUUAUUCAUUAUAUAACAACAUUUGAUUUAUCAAUUUCACCUUUAAUUAAAAUUCAACGUUUAUGUUUUUGUUCAUGUUCACAAUUAAAACCAUCAGAUUUAACUGAAGAAUUUUGUUUACAAAUAAUAAAAAAUCUUAUUUAUUUAUCAAAACUUCUUAUUUUAUCUAAAUCAAAUUAUUUUGAUUUAGUUGUUAAACGUUGUUAUCGUUUAACAACAUAUGAAUCAACAAAAUAUCCUAGUGAAAUAACACGUCGUUCAUCAAUUCUUAAAUGGAUAGCUGCACUUAUACUUGAUUUAUCAUCAUAUUUAACAUCAUAUUUAAAAUCAUUUUUAACUAUAAUUGAACGUGAAAUUGAACGUGAUGAAACAACAAUAAAUUUAUCAUUAAAAACACUUGCACAAGAUGUAUUUAAUGUAUUUAAACGUCAUUGUGAUAUACAUUUAAUAACAAGUAUAUAUGCUGAUAUAGCUAAACAACGACGAACAAAACGUUUAGAACGUAAACAAAAAUUAGCUGUUUUAGCUAUUAAUCAACCAGAAAUAAUUUAUCGAAAAAAACGUCUUAAACAAACAAAACGUUUAGGUUUAGGAAAAAAGAAACGUAUGAAAGCAAUUGAAAAUGCAAAAAAAAAUCGAAGAAAAAAAUCAAUAAAUAAAAUAAGUGACGAUAUGGAUGAUUUUUAG